ACAGGCUGCGCCUGGCGCUCCGAGGCCUCGUGGUGCUCAGCAAGGAGCCCUCGCUGGGCAGAGGAAUACGCGGCCUGUAUCCACACCUGGUGCAGCAGCUGGCCGAUCCAGACGCAGAGAUGGUCGGCAUGACCCUCUGUGUGCUGACGUGUGUGCUCCAGGACAAAGACCUCGUGCUACCCAGCGUCACCGCCCUGAAGCUGGCUGAGCCUCUCCUGCCCCACUUUGAGAACGACAACAGCCACGUGCAGCGGCUCUCCAUUGAGCUCUUCUGCAUGGUGAUGGACCUGGUAGUGGAAGAGGAGGAAACUCCUCUGACGACAAUCGUGAGCCAGAGCCUGCUCCCUCUAUUCUUGCGCUGCCACGAUGAGAACCCACACGUGGCCAAGGCCUCUGGCGAAGCCCUGCUUUAUGCGGCACGCUUCCUGAGGAGGAGGGACCUCGAGGAGCUGCUGAUGAAGAAGCAGCGGAUGAAGUUCGCCGAGCGCCUGCUGCUGCAGGACGAGAGCCGAGCGGCCGAGCACCUGCGCUGGGCCCUGCCGUACCUGCAGAGCCCGCAGCGGCCCGUGCGACGGGCGGCCGUCAGGAUCAUGGGGCUGGCCGGAGUGCUCGUGACGGGGCAGAAGGAGGAGCUCCAGGUCCUCACUGAGGCUCUUCAAGCCCUGAGAGGAGAUGAGAGGCCAUCCUGCAUGAGCAUUGUGCUUCAGCUCGCGUUCGAAAGAAGAUCUGCAGGACUCGGUUCGUCUGCUGGAUCAGAUGUUCCGGCAUCCUUUGGGGAUUUCCAGUUCCCGGUGAAGAUGGGAGCACCUGCAGAGCAGGAUGGACCAGCUGGAGCUCCAGGCACAGCUCUUGCCGCUCAGAGCUGAGCCUGUGGGAAGCUCCAGGAGCUCCUGCCACCUCUCUCCCUGUUGGCAGCUCCUUCCCUGCAACCCUAUGGCCUUGCCCAACCCCUUUUUUACUUCCCAGCUCACCCCUUGGCUUCGCUUUCCCUUCAUAAACAGUUUCCCAAAACCCUAAGAUGGGAGCACCUGCAGAGCAGGAUGGACCAGCUGGAGCUCCAGGCACAGCUCUUGCUGCUCAGAGCUGAGCCUGUGGGAAGCUCCAGGAGCUCCUGCCACCUCUCUCCCUGUUGGCAGCUCCCUCCCUGCAGCCCUCAGGCCCUGCCCAUCCCCUUCUUUGCCUCCCAGCUCACCCCUUCCCUUGGCUUUCCCUUAAUAAACAGUUUGAGUUUUUCACUUGA